CGAACACCGUGAAUCCCACUUUCCGUCGCCUUUGAUCCACACAGACCUUCAACACCUCGGUUAAAUCGUUCCCAUCCACACAUCUAACGCAGAGAUGAGUUCGUCCGAGCUGGCUUGUGUGUACGCCUCCCUCAUCCUCGCGGAUGACGGCAUUGAGAUCACGGCUGACAAGAUCGCCACCCUCAUUGACACCGCCAACGUCGAGGUUGAGAAGUACUGGCCCAGCCUCUUCGCCAAGGCUCUUGAGGGCAAGGACGUCAAGGACAUCAUCUCCAACAUUGGCUCUGCCUCUGGCCCCGCCGUCGCCGCCCCUGCCGCCACCGGUGGUGCUGCCGAGGAGUCCAAGGAGGAGGAGAAGGAGCCCGAGCCCGAGGAGGAGUCUGACGACGACAUGGACGGCUUCUCGCUCUUCGACUAA